UAUUCAUACAUCAACAGAGAGAAGAGCAUAACAAACACUACUGAUUCGUUUGCUUCUAUUGAUAAGAUUAAAAUACAUAUAUAAAUACUCUUGACCGGCCUUCUGCCUAAGUCAGUACGUGUAGUGAAAUGGAGAAGCUACCAGACACUUUCGUUAAGGGCUUUCAUGAUGAAGCUAGUGUUAGAAAAAUGAAAUACAAUGCAUUAGGAAGAACAGGUUUGCACGUUUCGGAAAUUUCUUUUGGAUCUGGUACGCUCAGUAAAUUUUAUGGUCUUCUCGGAGAAACCGAGGGUGUAAAAGCAGUUCAUUUGGCGCUCAAAAAGGGGAUUAACUACGUUGAUACAGCUCCUUACUAUGGUCAAGGUCGAUCCGAAGAAAUACUCGGACAAGCAUUCAAAGAUGUUCCGCGUCAGGCGUAUUAUAUUGCAACCAAAGUUGGACGGUACGAGAUGGAAUACGAUAAAAUGUUUGACUAUAGUGCAAAAAAGACUCGCGAGAGCAUAGAGAGAAGUUUGAAAUUACUUGGAGUCGAUUACCUUGAUGUGGUUCAAAUUCAUGAUGUGGAAUUUUCGGCCGAUUUGAACGUGAUAGUAAAUGAAACUUUGCCUACGUUAGAACUACUCCGUGAUGAAGGAAAAUUGAGAUUCAUCGGAGUGUCAGCCUAUCCAAUCGAUGUACUACAAAAGAUUAUCUCAAUGGCAAAGGGGCGCUUUGAUACCGUGUUAUGUUACAGUCGUUACACAUUAAUUGAUGACGCUUUGAAGAGAUAUUUGCCAUUUUUCGAAGAAAACAAUUUGGCUGUUAUAUGUGCUUCUGGUCAUGGUAUGGGUUUGUUCACAAAUGCCGGCCCUCAACCCUGGCACCCGGCUCAUGAUCAGACCAAGCAAAUUUGUUUGGAGGCAAGCGAGUUUUGCAAGCAUGAGGGAAUUGAGUUUGGAAAACUGGCAAUGUAUCAUUUUAUUCAAAUCAACGGUCCAGCCACAUUUCUAAGUGGGAUGCAAACCGAGGAUUUGGUUAGAAUUAAUUUGGAUGCUUUCUAUGAUGGACUAACCACUAAAGAACACGAGGUCUUAGCACAUUUGAAAAAAAGUAUAUUCUCAAAGAAUAAGCAUGCAGACUGGGAAGGCAUCGAGGUGCGACGGUAUUGGGACACCAUGAAUGCUAUCAAAAAAUUAUAAAAUGCUUGUGUAGUCAAUUUUAGGAGCACCAUACAAAAGUUCAAUUGCCAUACAGAAGUUUGAAUAUAUACAAGUUUUACAGUCAGAGAAAAAAUAUUGUCUGCUCGUUCAGGUGUGUUGAGAUGCAAUAUAGAAGUAAGAGAAAGUUAUUUUAUUCUUUUCUCAUACGUUCGCGGAUGAUAGUUAUUGCUUUGUAUGCAUUUUAGUUGCACGUGUGGAAUUUUAGACCACAUAGGGCUAAUGCACCAAUAGUGGUACAGCGAUGCGAAAGCUUGAAUGCUCCUAAUUUCAUCUUACUCUUGAAGUAAAUCUAUAGAACAAAGACAACAGAUCUGACUCCAAUUCUAAUGGAGUUGAGAUGCAUGGGGGUAACGUCACCCUAAA